UGAAUCUUGACCUUGGUGUUUCCCAAGUGUGUAGAGACCAGACGACAAGAGAGUGUAGACUCCUCACCACCUCGCCUACCUAUCACCGACUAUCAACCGCCACCCCGGUCGACAAUCAUCCAUCACCAUGUCUGCCCCUUCUCUCGUCCAGGCCGUCGCUAAGCGGGGCUGGUUGAACAAGAUGCUCAAGCCCGUCUCCAACUGGUACAUCAAUGCCGCCGGCUACCGUCAGAUGGGUCUCCGCGCCGACGACCUCAUCUCCGAAGAGAACGAGACCGUCCUCGCCGCCCUCCAGCGCCUUAGCCCCAAGGAGUCGUACGACCGCAUCUACCGCAUCCGCCGCGCCACCCAGCUCUCCCUCACCCACAAGCUCCUGCCCAAGAACGAGUGGACCACCCAGGAGGAGGACGUCCCCUACCUCCGCCCCCUGAUCGACCAGAUCGAGGCCGAGGCCGCCGAGAAGGACGCUCUCGACACCCUGGCUGUCGUCAAGAACUAAACGCGGGACUUAUGAAGGUUUUUCCGUUAUCCGCGCGCGGUGGGAACUGGACUGGCCGACUUUUCGACGGGAACCGAACCUUUGUUUUGGGGG